AGGGAGGGAGGGAGAGAGAGGCGGAUCCGGCCGGGCAGGGGGCGAGCGCGGGGUUCGGGGUGCGCGCUGCCUCUGGCAGGAGCCGCUCACUCACCCCGAGAGCGAGGCUUCAGGUCAGCGGAGGGCUCUGCCCGCUGUCUCUGGGUGAACUUGCACAGAGGCAGAGGCAAAGGCGAAACAUCCCGGAGCUCGGCGAUGGCGAGGCCGGCGACCCUGGGGCAGAGGCCGCAGCCGCGGGGCCCCGUGGCCGGAGCCGCGUGACCGAGUCGUCGGAGCACCUGCCGGACGCGGGGCGGGAGCGCGGCGGGCGUCAGGAUGCGGGCAUGAGGCCUCUGGAGACCCCGGGCUGCCCCCCGGCCGGGCGCUAGGAGCCGUGCCCGGGGCCCCGGCCGGGAGCCCUGCCGCCCCGGGGGCAUGGCCAAACCCUCCUUCCGGCUCCAGAAGCUGCUUCGCCGCACGCGGUUCCUGCUCUUCUUUCUGUCGGCCGCCUACCUGAUGACGGGCAGCCUGUUGCUGCUGCAGCGAGCGCGGGUGGCCCUCCCGCCCGGGCCCCGGGCCCCCGGCCCCCUGCAGGCCCUCCCCGUGGCCGCCGUGGCGCUGGGCGUCGGCCUGCUGGACAGCCGGGCGCUGCGGGCCCCGCGGGUCAGCCCGGACCUGCCGCUCGGCGUGGACGUGCCGCGGGGGCCCCCGGCCCGGGCCCGGCCCGGCCCCCGCUGGCUCCGGACCCGGAACCCGGAGCUGCGCCAGCCGCGGCGAGGCUGGUUCCACCACUUUGUGGGCGACCCCCAGGGGGCGCCCGCCCUGCGCCCGGAGGCCCCCGGGCCAGCCGUCGGGGGACGAGGUACGUACGUCGGAUGCUUCAGUGACAGUGGCCGGGACAGAACCCUGAAGGGGGCCGUGUUUUUUGACUUGCGAAAGAUGACUGUCUCCCACUGCCAGGAUGCGUGUGCUGAGCGGUCCUAUGUCUACGCGGGCUUGGAGGCGGGGGCGGAGUGCUACUGCGGGAACCGGCUCCCUGUGACGAGCGUCGGGCCGGAGGCCUGUAACCACGAGUGCAAAGGGGAGAAAGGCUCCGCGUGCGGGGGCGUCGGCCGGCUGUCCGUGUACCGUGUCCAGGAGCUGCAGCCCGGCUCCAGGAAGCGGAGGACCGUCACGUACCGCGGAUGCUUCAGGUUGCCAGAGAACGGCACCCACACCUUCCCUGACUCCCUGUUGCAGCCCAACAUGACAGCAGAGGCGUGCUCGGGAUUUUGUUCCCAGAAAGAGUUCCCGCUGGCCGUCCUCCGGGGCCGGGAGUGCUACUGCGCUUACCCCACGCCGCAGUUCAGCCUUCGGGACGCCGUGGACAGCUCGCUGUGUGGCCGGGGGCCCGAGGCCCCGAGGCAGGCUGAGUACUGCGAGGUCUACCAGACGCCGGUGCAGGACACUCGCUGCACGGACCGGAGGUUCCUGCCCACCAAGUCCAAGGUGUUCGUGGCUCUGUCCAGCUUCCCGGGAGCCGGGAACACGUGGGUACGGCACCUCAUCGAGCAUGCCACGGGCUUCUACACCGGCAGCUACUACUUUGACGGGACGCUGUACAACAAGGGGUUCAAGGGCGAGAAGGACCACUGGCGGAGCAGGCGCACCAUCUGCGUGAAGACCCACGAGAGCGGCCGCAGGGAAAUCGAGAUGUUCGACUCGGCCAUCCUGCUGAUCCGGAACCCGUACAGGUCCCUGGUGGCCGAGUUCAACCGCAAAUGUGCCGGCCACCUGGGCUACGCGGCCGACCGCAACUGGAAGAGCAAAGAGUGGCCCGACUUCGUCAACAGCUACGCGGCCUGGUGGUCGUCGCACGUGCUGGACUGGCUGCGCUACGGCAAGCGGCUGCUGGUGGUGCACUACGAGGACCUGCGCCGCAGCCUGGUGCCCACGCUGCGGGACAUGGUGGCCUUCCUCAACGUGUCCGUGAGCGAGGAGCGGCUGCUGUGCGUGGAGAACAACAAGGAGGGCAGCUUCUGGCGGCGCGGCCGGCGCCCCCACGACCCCGAGCCCUUCACCCCCGAGAUGAGGGCCCUCAUCGACGGCUACAUCCGGACGGUGGACCGGGCGCUGCGCGAGCACGGCGGGGCCGGGCUGCCGGGCGAGUACGUGCCCAGAUGACGGCCCGGCGGCCUCGCUGCGGCCCCGAGCCCCGAGGCUGCCGGGCGGGCACCCGCCGCGGGACCCCCCCCCCCCCCCCCCCCCCCC